AUGUACGGCAUUAGUGCGGAAGACGGAGACCAAGUUACGGAGGUCACUGACCUUGAUUCGGAGUACCAUGGUGAGCUCUUCCGGGUGGAGAAGACAAUCACCCUCAGGGUUACAGAAGCCAAGAUCAGGGCUCGAAACUUGGAGCCGGUUGCUGCUAGUCAGGAUCGACAUGGCAGGACCGAGCAAGAUAGCUCGAUCGCAAACUAUCUCGCUGAGGUCGUUCUUGACGGCGAAGUUCGAGCACGGACAACCAUGAAGACAGACACCAAGAAUCCCUUCUGGCGAGAUGAGUGCGAGUUUACCGACUUGCCUCCAAGCUUGCCCUUCCUAUCUGUCGUCUUAAAGCGCGUCGAUGGCAUAUUAGAGAACCCUACCAGUCUAAUCCAAAGCCUUACUUUUUCCAAAUCCGGCAGUAUCACAGAGGUUCCCUGCGGUUCCGUCGAGAUACCACUAGCGCAGCUAGAUCGCGGCAAGGACCAUGAGCAGUGGCAUCAGAUAUAUGACGAAAGGCAGCAAUCGAUUGGCACAAUGCUGGUCAAGGUGCAUCACGAGGAGCUGGUGGUCCUGCUUUCCAAGGAGUACCAGUCGGUGUCAGAGCUUCUUCACAAAUUCAGUUCAGGACUCACUGGCCAAAUCGCAGCGGCUAUUCCUGGUAACUUGAGGCGACUUGCCGAGAUCUUCCUGAACAUUUUUCAGGUUUCAGGCACCGCGAAUGAGUGGCUGAUGGCUCUCGUUGAGGAUGAAAUCGAUGGCAUUGGGAACCAGACUGCAAUGAAGAAGACGAGGUUUAGUAGGCGGCUUAAGUCGAAUGACUCUCUCGAUUCGGCUAGCGACCGGGAGGCACUUGUGCGAGAUAUGGGCAAGUCUCUGGCUGGAGAAGCCAAUCUCUUGUUCAGAGGAAACUCACUGCUCACCCAAGCUCUCGAGUUUCACAUGCGUCGGCUUGGGAAAGAGUAUCUCGAGGAUGUUCUUGCCUUCAAGAUAUUCGAGAUCAAUGAGAUCAAUCCAGAUUGCGAAGUCGAUCCCGGGAAGCUACAGCGUGGUGAAGAUCUCAACCAGCAUUGGAGCCAGUUGAUGCAGUUCACCACUGAAGUAUGGGAAUGCAUUGCCAAUUCUGCUGCGCGGUUCCCACCUGAGCUACGGCAUGUUUUGAAAUACAUUCGUGCGGUAGCCGAAGACAGCUCUUCGGCCUGCUUCCUGAUCACCCUCGGCCUCGCGCGCAGCGAACCUUGA